GGCGGUCCCAAGCGAGGGGGCUACGCACCCCGUCUGCCCCGGCCCCCAGCAGCAGGCCUCCGGGCCGGCAGGGGGCGCACUGCAGUGCUGCUACUGCUUCCGUGCAUAUUUGCAGCAGAUCGGAAGUGGUAGUUCUUUUCCGGCGGAGCGCAGCCAUGGCUCGUGGCCCCAAGAAGCACCUGAAGCGUGUUGCUGCGCCCAAGCACUGGAUGCUGGACAAGCUGACGGGUGUCUUCGCACCCCGUCCAUCGACAGGCCCUCACAAGCUGAGGGAGUGCCUUCCGCUCAUCAUCUUCCUGCGGAACAGGCUGAAAUAUGCUCUGACAGGAGACGAGGUCAAGAAGAUCUGCAUGCAGAGGUUCAUCAAAAUAGAUGGCAAAGUUCGCACAGACAUCACCUACCCUGCAGGCUUCAUGGAUGUCAUCAGCAUUGAGAAGACGGGUGAGCAUUUUCGCUUGGUGUAUGAUACCAAGGGCCGGUUUGCUGUUCACCGCAUCACAGCUGAAGAGGCCAAGUACAAGCUGUGUAAGGUGAGGAAGAUAUUUGUAGGCACCAAAGGAAUUCCUCAUCUGGUCACUCACGAUGCUCGCACCAUCCGCUAUCCGGACCCCCUCAUCAAAGUGAAUGAUACAGUCCAGAUUGACCUGGAGACAGGCAAGAUCACAGAUUUCAUCAAGUUUGACACAGGUAACCUCUGUAUGGUGACCGGUGGUGCCAAUUUGGGCCGUAUUGGGGUGAUCACCAACCGGGAGAGACACCCUGGGUCGUUUGAUGUGGUUCACGUGAAGGACGCCAAUGGCAACAGCUUUGCCACCAGACUAUCUAACAUCUUCGUUAUUGGCAAAGGCAACAAGCCGUGGAUCUCCCUGCCCCGUGGAAAGGGCAUCCGCCUGACCAUUGCUGAAGAGAGAGACAAGAGACUGGCAGCCAAACAGAGCAGCAGCUGAACUCCAGUUGGGGCUGGCAGUGGUCCUUUCACUGUAUGAAUUAAAGUGUUUACCAACUGGC